AUGUUUGCAUGGCCCCAAUGUCCUCCCCAAUCAUUAAGGAUACCAAACCGUUCCUCCGAUGAUGAUCAACUACAAUUGGAUGAUUCCCGUAUCGUGAAGACUAUAUCAUUGGUACAAUAUAAUUUAGUAAUACUUUUAACCCCAGCUAGGGUGUUAGUAUAUAACAUGAAACCGUUUGCAUUAGUAUCAUCUCAUGAACGUAGUGUUAGCUCUAUACAGGAGUUUGGUGAGAACGUAACUGUGAAACCAUCUAUUCAAUUUGAAAAACCAAUUAAAGGUUUGUUCUCCGAAAGAGAAAGGGAUUCAUUGGUAUGGUUCCAAGGGAAAAUCGUGUUUUAUGUUCAAACUAGUAAUAACUAUCUUUUAACUUAUCAAAUUUUAAAGAAUUCAACUCCAUUUAAUAUAUUCACCGAUUAUGGUGUUACAGGAAUUAAUCCAAAUAAAUUUAAAGGAAAAUUGGAGCAAGAUUAUGAUUACAAUUUAGAUGAUGAAGAUACAUUGAUAGUGUUUGAAAAGGGGAAAAGUUCUAAAGUUAUACAAGAUGGGUACCCUGCUUCAAAAGAUAAGAGUAUAAUUAAACAGAUAUUAAAUACAAACCCUGAAAAUAUUACAGAAUUACCAAUCAAGAAAGUUGAAUUAAGAUUAAAGAUCGUAUUGAAAUUUGAUUCCGAUAUAAUCGACAUUUUAGGCUUUAAGAAAUAUACGAAUGUAGGGGACGGAACCGUCGAAGAACAUUUGUUAAUCUUGUUUCCCCAUGGGUUACAACUAUUAAGUUUGGUAGAUUUUAAAUUAAGGAAAAGUUCUUUGAUUAAAAUGGAGCAUGGUAAAUGUAUCACAGUAUGUGAUGGAAGAGUUACAGUCACUGGAGAAUAUCCAGAUACACAAAUCCCAAUUAUUAAUUCAAUUGAUAUGAAGGAUCUAGAGGUAAAGUCAGUUGCAAUUACACAACAAAAGAAUUUAAUCACAUGUCUUGACAUCGACGGAAGCUUGGUGCUUAUUUUUGAAAAUAAGAUGAUCCAUUUUAAUUUAGAGAUCAAUCAAAUUGAAUACGAAUGCACCUUACUUAACCCAAUCAAACUUUGCAAAAAAAUGGGUAAUGAUUUAAUUUUAAUUUUAACACAAACCAAUAUCCUUCAAAUUUUUACAAAAUAUGGUAACUUGCUGUUUUCCACCGAGUACGAUGAAGACGACAGUCGUAGUUUCCCAAUCUUUAAGUAUACUGAUAUUAUCCAUUUUGAUUUGAGUUUAUUGACUACAACAGAAACAGGUGAAUAUCAAUUAUGGCCCUUAUAUGAACUAAAUAAUGGAUCAUUUACAAAUUUCCGCGUUUGUAAAACACAUAUCCUCAAUAAUAACUGUAACGAGAUCAUACUAUACUCUCCAUCGAAUGAUAGACCUUCAAAUAUUGACUUAUUUCCAACUAUCAAACUGCACACAGAUACUAUCAAUAAUUAUAUCAGUAGUAUAUGUGUUAAUGAAAAUCAAAAAUUAUUGGCUGUUCAUAUUGCAAAUAAGGAUCUAUUACUAGUUCAAAAUAUGGAGACUAAUACAUGGACAAGAUAUGAAGACUUGUUAAUCAUUGAUAUGCAAUGGUUAGGUACAUCCUAUUUAGUAUGUCAUGUUAGAGCUGAUGAUGAUUCAAAUAAGGUUAUAUGUGCUAGAAUCCCAAUGCAAGAAGUUACACCUAAACUUUUCUCUGAUCAUAUUAUUUGGCAAUACGAAAUUCCCGAGACUACUCAGGUAUUUAAUGUAAUUACAAAUACUAUAUCCAAGUAUAGAUUAUUAAAGAUGAGACACAAAGGUGAAUCGAAGGUCAUUAAUAAUAGUGAAUUGAUUUAUAAGACAGGUGAGAUUAUCGUUGUGACCAAUACGGGAUUCAUUGUCUUUGAUAUUAUUUCAAAUAUUGAAGUUGCUGGACUGAAUAUAGUUAAAAAUAUUUAUGAAGUUGGGAAGAUUCAUAUGGUUGAUUUAGAGUUUUUGAGAGAGGUUCGAUGGUUAACAAAUUAUAAAGAUGGCUAUUUCAUUCAAUGCAAAGAUAAAAUGUUCAAGAUGGAAAGAAAAGAACAAGAUAAAUCCUGGAAAACUGAAAAUGUACUGAAUGGGAUUGAAAGAAUCAUUGAUGUUAUUAAGGAAGAAAUAUAUUUGGUUCAAAAGAAAGAUAUGGUUGCAUAUCGCUUUGAAGAACUAUGGGACAGUCAGGAACCUAUGCUAAGAAUACAUGUGGAAGAAGAGCUAUAUCCAAUGUCUGUUACCCCUGAUUCUGCUUCAUUCCGUUCUUUAAAAUGUAUUUUCAAUAAAGAAUUAGCGAAAAUGGUUGUAAAAUAUGAAAUAUAUCUGGAUAAAUUAAUUGUCACUAAAUUACAGACUUCAAAUGCUGAUCUUGAUUCGAUCACAAGGAACUAUUAUGGAUUGAAGCAUUAUAAAUUUGCGUUAGAGAAGAUACUUUCAUUGAAAGUAAUUAAUCAAGAGGAUUUGACAGAUAUCAUAACAUUAGUAAAACUAUGUCACGAUCCGAGCGUACCCUCAAUAGACUCACAAAAUGUAGAUAUGUUAGAGAUCGUCAGCAACUGCCUAAGGAAAAUCGAAGUCAAAUAUUGGAAACAAUUGUUUAUUAGUUUAGAUAUGACCCCUAGAGACCUAUUAGCACUAUGCAUCGAAUGUAAUGAAACCAGAGUAUUAGGUAUAUUAUUACUAGUGUUUUUAAACUAUAACGACGAAGGAGAAGAUAACGAAGGCCAGUUAAUGCAAGAUUUAGCACAGGAUGCAGACAUCACUCAAACACAGAUGGACUCGAUACCGAACAUCUUAAAGGAUCAAGAGAUGAUGUUGCAUAUAUUAAAGAUUCUAGUGACAGGAGCAGCUAGUACACGAGACCGUAAGAAGGCAUCUGACAACUGGGAUAUGUGUUUCCAACUGAUCCGUAUCCUGAAGGCCCUAGAUAAAGAGAAUAAUACGGACUUAGUGAAUAGAGCCAUGGAAAUGCUGUGA